UCCCAGGGUUUUGAUAACCCCUAGUCCCCUAACAUACUCUAUUUAAUUCGCUCUGAGAUUUUACAUACAAUUGGGCAAGAGAGUGAUUUAAGACGGAUAUUUCCAUCAUUGGUGCUUAGGAGAAAGUUAUAGCCUUGUCGCGACACCACCUACGUAAUGGGACCUGAAAGUCACCUGUUCUCGCAUUCAGUAUGCUGUCAUUCGGGACCAUGACUUUGUUUCCCUAAAUGCCUGAAAUAAUCCCGUAUUAUAAUUUCUAGCUACAGGCCAGCCUUGCAUUUGCAGUUACCAAGUCGACUACGUUGGUCACGGGGAAUCACAGACUAUGGACAAUUUACCAGAUACUCAAUGGGCACAAGUUGCCCAAGGGCCCGGUGACGAGUUCGAAUACAAAAAGGUCCCUGUCCCUAUUCCCGGCCCAGAUGAAGUCCUAGUUAAUAUAAAAUUCUCCGGGGUUUGCCAUACCGACCUACAUGUUCUGGCCGGAGACUGGCCUCUCAAAACCAAAUGGCCCCUAAUCGGAGGUCAUGAAGGUGCGGGCGUCGUAGUCGAGCGUGGAGAACUCAUCAGCGAUGUCAAAAUCGGAGACCAUGUCGGUGUAAAAUGGCUGAACGGUUCCUGUCUCUCUUGUUCCUUCUGCCAGGCUUCAGAUGAGCCGUUGUGCCCAAAGGCGAUUCUGUCAGGGUACACGGUUGAUGGCACCUUUCAACAGUACUGUAUUGCGAAGGCCGCACAUGUCGCACAUAUCCCACCAGAUGUUGACUUGGCGUCUGUGGCACCCAUUCUCUGUGCUGGGAUCACGGUUUAUAAGGCACUGAAAGAAUCGAAUGCCCGUCCUGGACAGACCGUUGCCAUUGUCGGAGCAGGAGGUGGGCUCGGAACGCUUGCAAUUCAAUAUGCGAAAGCGAUGGGCCUCGAGGUGCUGGCGAUUGACGGUGGCUCCGAAAAGGGAGAACUAUGCAAGAAACUCGGCGCAAAGUCUUAUAUCAAUUUCAAGACCACAAAAGAUAUCGUAGCGGAUGUCAAAGCAGAAACCGACGAGCGCGCAGGCCCCAACGCCGUGUUACUGAUUGCGCCGUUCGAGAAGCCGUUCCAGCAAGCCAGCGAGUAUAUACGACCACGUGGGACGAUUGUCGCGAUAGGAAUGCCCGCGGAUGCGAUCCUUCGGGCGCCUGUGUUUGAAACGGUCGUCAAGAUGAUCACGAUUAAAGGGAGCUAUGUUGGGAACAGGCGCGACACGGCGGAGGCGAUCCAGUUCUUUGCGCGGGGGUUGAUUAGUGCCCCGCUUGAGGUGAUGGGACUCAGUCAGUUGCAGGAGAUAUUCGAGAGAUUACGCGCGGGGAAGGUAGCGGGGAGGAUAGUAGUUGACACGAGCAAGUAGAAUAUUGGGGGAGGAUGAGCGGUUUGAUCGACGAAGCGCGCGCGAGAUGGCGGGAG